UCUUGUCUUGUGACUUUUUGCUUUACAAUGCCAGGCCUUUGCCGAAGCGGCGAAUUCUCCCUGGUUCGCUUCUCGCAACGGCGGUUUCGAAACACGUCGUCUUACUCCCUCCACUUUUAUACAUUGGCUUCCGCCAGAGAGGCCCACAAACUCCCGCAACUUCCAGCAUCAGGAUUCUCGAGUUUGAGGCUAAAAAGGCCUCCCUCCGGAUGACAGGAAAUGAACCCUGGUUACGUACAGUGCUGCCAUUCUACGACAACAUCGACCGUAGCAGUUCAUAUACCUACCUUGUUACAUAAUGAACUCUAUCGUCGGGUCUUGACGCACAUCACAAGGGCUAAGUAUAACUUUCUUAGCAUGUUUCCCAUGUAACACACACUAGUGAGUCUAAUUUGAUGUUUGCCAACAUUCGUACGGCAGACAAGCUCUGGCAUGAUUGAUAGAUUGCGUCCACCUUCUCUUGCAAGGAUCAAUGCUUGCCCACGUAUGCCGGGGGCCUUUGAAACUUCUGUUCUAAUCAUUGGGUAUUCCGCACUCCGCUGCUCUGUAAGACUGGAGCGUACAGGACUGUACCAUACAGUAUGUAUAUAGACCGGGUCCUGGGUGCUAUGCCGGCUUCCAUAUUGGAUUCGGACCUGUAUCUACUCACAUCGAUUCGAAUCGCAGAUCUUCCGUUUUACCCAUAUUACCCAGGUACAAACAGCAAUCCACGAUCGUCCAGGUUGGUUCAAGGCCCACGCUUCCAAGGCCUCCUGGAUAUCCACGCGUGGGGACAGCUGCAUGUUGCACGAACAAGAAAAGAAGCGGACACAAGAGAGACUCGGGAGAGAGGGGAUUAUAUCUGCUGCAUGGGAUUGUGCACCAAUGACCUGAGACAGCCGUUGAACUCCUGGAAAGGGAAAGCAUUGUGUGCUUAGCAUAUUCAUACGUACGUACGUGGAUCAACCAACAAAGACCUAUAUUUGUAUAGCAAUACGGAUGCAAUGACAGCAAUGGCUCCAUUCUGUUCUCCGCCGAGUCAUCCUUUUGAACCUCGAGUCCCCUUUCGUAUUCCAAUACAAAUGCCUGGGGAGUUGUUGAAAGCUGGAUGUUCUGGUGCCAGUUCAGACCGCAGUCCAACAACCCACGCAACGCAGACAAAGGAGCACCUAACUGACUGACGGCGGCAGUAGUUAGGGAAACCCAUCAAACAAGAAGCUGUUGCUUUAUAGCCUGUCUCCUUUAUCCGGAGUGGGCUUGAUGGUGCUUGUAUCCAGGUCGACCUGCCCACGAUCAACAAGAUCAAUCUGAUCCUUCGGCGGCGGAUGCCCGCAUUGCAUCGAUACUAACUGUUCUUACAUGGAAGACCUGCGAUCCAUCGCAACGAGAUCGCAGUAUGCCAUUGAGCAAACCAAGGCCGUCUCCACGGCCAUCUGUCACGAGCAGUUUCAACGACACCACCAACAAAUCAGGGCCAAAAUUGACUGCUGAGAAUAAGGAUGCGCCAUCGCAAAAGCGACAUGAACGGCAAAAGUCCCGGGCACUACUACUACCCCAGGGCGGCGCCACAUUAAAUACAACUACAGCCACCACCAGCAUAAUACCGACCAAAUCUCCAAUUGCUGAUGGAGAUGUUCCAAACGAAAACGAUGAGAACGAUCUCAUUGACGAUUCUGGUGCCAUUGGUGCAUCUGCAUCAACCGGGGGUCGUUUUACAAGGCCAGACUAUCUACUCCAUGGUUUACUUGCACGAGCGAGGAACCGUGUAAAAGAUCGAACUGGGCGAGACAAGGAAAAGGGCAACGGAGAUACAACAUCAACUGUUACAAGUCCAGCUAAAGCCUUCUCUUCCUCCCCGCAUUCUCCUCCGCCACGCGCCGCUCCUCCCGACCGAGGCUUCCGUCGUAAAGCCCCACCUCGAGCUUCUACAGGCAGAUCUCAAGGGACUAAGACGCCUUCAUCGUCACAGUCGCCGUCACACUCACCACCACGGGCUCUCACUUCCCCGCGUUCACCACCAGAUCAGAACAAGCCUCUUCCUCCUCCACCUCCUCUGCCGAACUCGGGUGCCUUGUCCGACAAGGAAAAUGCCACUUCUCCUCCGUCCAAGCCCGUCUUGAAGCUGAAUAGAAUCAUGUCUACUCUUACCGACUCAGAGAUCGAGAAGCUCUUCUCUGGAGCCCCUCAGUACUUUGCCCGUAGCGAGGGCCACUGUUCUGGCGCCCCUAAUCCCAGCGUCGCAUUCCCCUUUGAUGAGGCAUUGGAGAUUCGCGACCUCACUGAUCAUGUCCAAAUUGAAGAUAGAGCUUGGAGUGGUCUUACAGCAUGGCCUCAUCUAACUCGAGAUCUCAAUCAGGAUGCCGCUGCCCGGGCACAGGCCGUUGACUCUCGCAAGGCCCAUUUCUUCAUCCGCUGUCGGGAACGUCCCAACAUGUUGAGCAUGCAAGGUCUAGAGAAGGGUACCAUGGGCUUCUCAGCUGCCCUCGAACUCGCCGUUGGCGAUGCCCUCGAAGAAGAGCAAUUCGGCUUUGACAGCGUUGGUAAAAAGGCCCAUGCCAUUGUGGAGGCACGUGAGCGCAUGCUUUCCUCUCUGGGCUACCUGCGUCGUCUCCCUGAGACAGAGCUGCUGGAUCGUCUCAAGCGAAACGCCGAGCUAUACCGGGUCAAUGAUCUUCGAAAGAAAACUUCCGUCCAGACUUAUCAGGAUCUCUUUCACACUUUCAUGCGGCCAUGCAAUUCCGUUGUCGAUAAACGCGACCACUAUAGCUUGACCAACCAGAUUAAUGCCUUGAUCAAGUGUCUUGGCACCGCCAAUGUUUGGUUUGACUUCACCCAUGUCGAAUGGAGGAUCAGAUUGGGUCAGAUUCUUUGGGGAGGUGAAGACAAUGAUGAACUUGAGGAUACUUCUUCCAUCCACGACGCUAGUAGUGCCGGCGAACGGGCCGAGGAGAAGUAUUGGCUUCUCAUGCAGAUUCUUGUUGCCACCGAACUCCUCAUUCGAUUAGAUGCUAUCACCGAGGGUGAAGAAUAUGGAGUCGAAGCUUUCCGACCUGUAGAUGUUGUUCACUUCGAAAGAGCCGCCACUCCCAUGGUCAAGUGGUCGCUUCAUCUUGCCAGGAGCUGGCUCGACAAUAUCGAGAUUGAGAAAAUCAAAGAGGAUCCACCAAGCGACGCUUCCGAGACAAAGGGAACAGCUACUCCUCCGCCUGCGACCGGCUGGCUAGGCGCCCUCUUCAGUAAAUUUAUCGUCCGUCAACAUCAUGAAGACAAGACGACAGCAAGCCAUACCUAUACUAUUAAAGGCCGCAACCCACAACAGCAGGUAGAUGGGCUUACUCAUUUUGCGAAGAAGCUACUCUGGCCCAACAUCGACACAUACGAGGGACUUAUCGCGAAGAACGCUCGUCAAUCGAUUAUUAAUUCUGUGCCUAAGCCUGCACCUACGAAUGCCUCUGAGAGAUCAUCAAAGUCUUCCGAGUCGAAUGGAUCUAAGCGGGGACUUUACUUUGGUGCCUGGGAUCGUCCUGGUAGUCAGAAGGACAAGACUCGACCACAGCGACGAAAGCUUGCAGCGGCGCUUCACCCCUCCGGAUGGCUUUCGAAAUCAUAUAUCUAUGGUCUGGUACUCCCUGGAGAUGGCAUGUGCCAUUUCCUGAUGGCCACGCUUCUCGAAAACGAUAGCAAAGCCAUGGAGCGUUUGGGUUCGUUCGCUAACCUCUGUGGAGGUUUCGUCUAUUCUGGCAAGAGCUUUUGGAGCACGUCAUGCAUCGUAGGCCGAGUUAUUGCGGCAGGUCAGGGAUCAGCCGAAUGUAUGGGAUGGGUUUCCAGCGACAUUCUACCCCUGGGCAUAGAUGAAGGUUGGGUCAACAUUGAAGUAGAAGAAGUGGCUGGUAAGUUGUUAUGUAUCGGAUGAGAUGGGCAUUAAGCUUACAGACAGCAGAGGACAAGGCGCAUCUGGGCAAGAAAGCGAGACUUUGGGCAAAGAAGCGAGUUGAACGAGAAUCAUCCAUCCUCGGAGAUGCCGAUGAAUAUUCUGUGUUCCCUGCCGACUUUAUAAUUCCCCAUGAGAACAACUACUCUACGCCGCCACCGUUGAUCAGCGUUACUUUACGGUCGCUUGAGCUUCUUUCUCCGGCCAACUCAAUUCAGUCCACGCCCUUCACCAAGCUGACACCCCCUGCGAGUGUGAGCAACAAGGAACCCGAGUUGUUGUCAUUCCCAGCCAAUGUCAACUUUGCUGUGUCGAUUGACGGAUUUACGGCUGAGAACUUGUCAUUCUCCCUGUCCUAUGACAUUAACUUUGUUACGGCACACCCAUGCUCGCCGUCUCAUCGCGUUCGAUUUGUUAAGUCGCCAUCAAGUCCGACAAUCCAGCAGAUCGAUGUGUCUGGGUCUGACACAUUUGGGCAAGGUUCUCGACCUGCUCACAGAACAGGUAAGACCAAACGGUUUCUGGUCCAUGUCUCGCAGCUAACUCUGGUCAGGCCAUCCCUUACACAAAUAUUAUAAUUACACUGUUAUUCAUAUUUCGGAGCUUCUAAAGCGGCAGCAUGCUCCCCUUUCGGAGCUUCUGGCUGUUCCUCAAACUCACCGGCGUUCACCUUCGCGUAUGGGUAGCGAACGAGUGCUUGUUAUUGACUGUAUCACCAACUUGUCCGAGGUUCCUCAAUCUCCCACGAUUGAGAGACUUACCUCAAAGUAUAAUAUUGUUCAGCGAAGAGGUAGUUUUCCUGCUGCGGAACAGAUGCAUUUCGAGUCCAGAAAACGGCAGUUUGGCUCCGACAUGGAAAUCCUGGUUCGUGCUCUUUGCGCCCAAAAGGGCUGGAACGCCAUCAUCAGUCGACGAAAGCGAGGAUGCCUGGCUUGUGCUAUUCGUGAAGCUGGCGCAUUACAGUGGAAGGUUAUCAUUAGGGUGGAGUAGGAAAGGCUCGCCUAUGUUGUAGCGAGCGUAUGGUUUGGCGUUUAUGUCGUGGGAGUAUGCUGUGUUUGUGAAAUGGGUACAAGGUUAAGUUUUUGUCUUGGGUUGGGUUGUCAUGAUACAUGUCUAGUACGCUGCUGAUGACCUGGGAGGAUACCCGUUAUGUAUAUAUACACGAAAGAGAUGUCUGAAUUCAUCCAUUCUAAUGUCUG